AUGGAUACUCCAAGCCAAACCUGCCCAAUCCUCACCAGCCGCAAGGCCCUCCCGUUCGACGACCUCAUGGCCAUGGCGAGCCAGUACUUCGAGGAAGAAGAGCUCACCUUCAACCUCAACGCCAUCGUCAACGCAGUGGAAGAGCGUUCUUCCACUGCCACCGUGGAAGAUCAGCUCGCCGAGCUGAUCUACUUCGAGGAAGGCCGCCGCCUCGCUGCCGCCGCCAACUGGAACGGCAUGACCCGUCUGCAGCUCGAGCAUGAGGUGCUCGCACAGGGUCUGUCGGACCCCAACACCAUCCGCGAGCUCAGCGACUGGAGCCUAAGGCUCAAGCUGGCUGCGGCGAACCACGAGAGUUCGUCGGAUGAUUCCGACGAAGGAGCGCCGUGUCUUGAUGUUUAG